ACCCGAUCCAUUAUCCUCGCGUCCUCCGCCUCCGCCUCCGCCUCCGCAAGUCCGCAUCCGAUCGGGCCCAUCCACCAACGGCGGCGCGAUCUCCCCUCCUCGCCGUCGCCGCCGCCGCCGCCCCACCGCCGCGCAGUCCGUAGGUUGCGUGUGGCUCUCUCUUUUGGCUGCGAUGGCGGAGGAGCUGGUGCUGGACACGGCGAUCCGGGACUGGGUCCUCGUCCCGCUCUCCGUCGUGAUGGUGCUCAUCGGCGUGCUCCGCUACUUCGUCGCCAAGCUGAUGCGCUCCCCGUCGGCCUCCCCCUCCCCCGACCCCAAGCUCGUCAAGGAGGGACAAGUGGUGAUUAGGGCGAGGAACCUGAGGAUGAAUGCGCAAUACAUCCCGGCCAAGGCCUUCAAGUCACGCAAGGUUUAUUACACCAACGAGGAAAACGGAUUGCUUCAUGUCCCGAAAGAGGAAGCACAGAAAGCUCAGGCAGCCAUGUUUUCAGAUCCAAACAUGGCCAUGGACAUGAUGAAGAAGAACCUCUCUAUGAUUGUUCCUCAGACGCUUACAUUUGCAUGGGUGAACUUCUUCUUUUCGGGUUUUGUUGCAGCUAAGAUUCCGUUUCCAUUGACUCCGCGGUUCAGGGGAAUGCUGCAAAAUGGGAUAGACCUGAGUACUGUUGAUGUGAGCUAUGUUAGCAGCCGUUCAUGGUAUUUUCUCAAUUUGUUUGGUUUGAGGGGUCUCUUCAGUCUGAUCCUUGGUGAAGAAAAUGCUACUGAUGAUGCACAAAAGAUGAUGCAGAUGGGUGGUGGAUUUGGCGGUAAUCCCACAAUGAGUUUGGCUGCAGAGAAAGAUAGCCUGGAUAUCAUCCAGCAUGACUGGGCUUUACCAAAGAUGGAGCAUCAUGCUGAGGAAGUGUUGAGGAAGCUUCUGAAGAAAUGAUGUGAAUUAGGCUGCUCCAUUGCUACAUUUUGCAAAAUUUUUGUUUUAACGUGUUGAUUGAUCAGGGAGUUAAACUUAUCAUACCUGUGUAACUUAUAUGGCCUAGAAUUCACUUCCGAAAGUUUCUGUACAACUUUUCUGUAAGACAGUCAGGCUCAAUGCAGAUUGAACAAAAUCCCUUCUCUUGUCACAGGCACUGCAACCGAUUCAGUAAAUUUGAUUGCAGGCUUAAGCACUAGUAAUUCCUAUGAGCUCAUUAGUGACGCAAUACAAUAAUGCUGUGUUGAUUUGGUCACCCUAGUUAAUACUCCUGGAACAUAGUGGAGUCUUCAUUUCAUAAUUAAAUUGUCAGCAUAUGAUAUUCCUUCU